AUGUCUCUCACCGGUAAAGUCACUCUCAUCACUGGCGGCGGCAAGAACUUGGGCGCUGCAAUUGCGAGCCUUUUCGCCCUCGAAGGAUCCAAUCUGGCCUUGCACUACAACUCAGCUUCGUCCAAGGCCUCGGCUGAUGCCCUUGCCGCCCAAUUGUCGUCGAAAAACAGCAACACAAAAGUGGAGACAUACCAAGGGGACCUGACACAAGUGUCGAACGUGACGGCAUUAUUCGACGCCGUGCAGAAGGACUUUGGCGGCAAACUGGAUAUCGUCAUCAACACGGUCGGGAUGGUGCUGAAGAAGCCGCUGACCGAGAUAUCUGAGAAGGAAUAUGACCAGAUGUCCGCGGUGAACUCCAAGGCUGCGUUUUUUGUCACCCAGGAAGCUGCCAAGCGCGUCAGCGAGGGCGGGAGGAUCAUCAACACUGUCACCAGUCUGCUGGCCGCCUAUACGCCUCUGUAUACGAGUUAUCAAGGAACUAAGGCGCCGGUGGAGUACUUCACUAAAGGGCUGAGCAAGGAGUUGAUGCCGAAGAAGAUCAGUGUCAAUGCUGUGGCACCGGGUCCAAUGGAUACGCCCCUGGCCCGUCUUCCUCGUCAAUCCCCUUCGCAUUGUCUAGCUCCUUACCCGAUACCCAAAGAGGCUUGUUCUGACCUUCCAUUCUGGAUAGCAUUCUUCUAUGGCCAAGAAACUCCCGAGGCAGUGGAAUUUCACAAGUCCAACGCCAUCGGCGGACGUUUGACAUUGGUGGAUGACAUCGCGCCGAUUUAUAAGUUUCUCUGCACAGAGGGAGCAUGGAUCAAUGGCCAGACACUUUUCGCCAAUGGAGGGUACACGAGCCGCUAG